UCCCGGGGGCCAGGAUCCCAGGGAGCGGCCCCGGUGAGGCCGCGGGCGCCCGGGACGGCGGGAGUCGGUUUACAGCCUGGGGCGAAGCUGUCGCCGCGGACCCAGAAGAAGCCGUGCCUGUUGGCGGCCCGGCGGCUCCGGGUCUAAAGGUUCCUGGAGUGGACUUUCUGGGUUCCGGGUGCAGUCCGCACGGGAAGUGGCGAUCGGGCCAGCUGGGAGCGCUCUCCCGGGCAGUAAACAGUGACUCACGCGCUCCGCCCGCCUGGAUGGGAGGCGCCGCUCCCGCACGCACGCACGGGGGGCUGCGAGCCGGCCUCCGUUUCCUCUUUCUGAGCUGCAGGAAGCGGGAAGUUAUCUGACAGUGCAGGGCAGGUGGGGGUGGGGGUGGGGGUGGGGCGCCACCCCGGGCCGCGGGGUGCCCUCGCACCCUGCCAGGCUCGCCCGCCUGUUCUCGCCCCGGCUCAGCUCCGUGGGGUCUUGGGGGAGAGCAGGUGCCUCCCACGAGGAAGGUAGUGGGGAGAACCUUCUGGAAGAAGCAGAGUUGGGGGAGGGCUGGUGCCCGGUGCACCUGGGAGCUGUCAGGAGGGACCCACCCACGUGCAGCUCAGGGCUGGGGCUGAGCGGGGGCAGCUGCCCCUUGGGGGCGAGGUCACGGAGUCUGGGUCAGCACACAGACAGGGGAGAGCCCGGGGUCAGGCUGAGGGCGAAGCUGUGCGGUGCAGCGGGUGGGGUGGGGUGCCCUUACGCGAGCUGCACACAGGUGAGGGAGGCGGGCCGGGGCUGUGUGGGCUUUCCCAGGGCUCGUCCCCGGCUGACCACGGAGCUUGGGGCCUUGCUGAAGCGCCUGGGUGGCUGGCAGAGGGCCGGCUCCGAGCGGGGCUGUGUCAGCCUCAUCCCCACGCACCUCUGCAUGUAGCAGCUUCCUCAGCCCAGAUCAAGGCGACCGGACAUCCUACAGGUCCAGGGCUGCCGGCCGGGGGCACUGUGGGCACCUGCCCGCCGAGGGGCCAUGUCCCGGCCAGGCUGGGGUGCUGGGGGAGUACGGUGGGCAUCUCCCACCUGCCCACAGAGGGGCCAUGUCCCGGCCAGGCUGGGGUGCUGGGGGGGUACAGUGGGCACCUCCCACCCACCCACAGAGGGGCCAUGUCCAGGGCCGUGCUGGGGGGCACCAUGGACACAUCCCACCUGCUCAUAGAGGGGCCGUGGCCAGGGCCAGGCUGGGGGGCACCAUGGACACAUCCCACCUGCCCACAGAGGGGCCAUGUCCAGGGCCAGGCUGGGGGGCACCAUGGACACAUCCCACCUGCCCACAGAGGGGCCGUGGCCAGGGCCAGGCUGGGUGCUGGGGGGCACCGUGGACACAUCCCACCCGCAGAGGGCCAUGCUGGGGGGCACCGUGGACACAUCCCGCCCGCAGAGGGCCGUGUCCAGGGCAGGGGCAGAGGGUGUCUCUGCGGUGGGGCCUCAUCUUCAGUGGGGUGCGAGUCAGCGUGUCUGUGGCCCCAGCUGCGGCUGCGAUUGGCUGACGUGUUUAUUUGACAAGUGUGUGUGGCCCCAGCUUCCGCGCCGGGGCGGCCACAUCCUCCGUGUGUGGAUUUGCAUCUGUCACGGUUGCUGCCUGGGUCUUGACUGCCGCUCCCGGUCCCGCCUCCUCGCCCCCCACUGGACGCCCGCGGGCAGGACGGGGCAGGUGGGACCGGGUGUGGGUCGCAGCCCCGGACCAGAGCCAGAGCUUCGGCAGCAGGCAGGAGAGGGCGUAGCCGGUCACUGACGAGGGAGGCUUGGAGCCCUGUGCUGCUCGGGGACUCCGGGGACCUGAGUGCUGGCCUCUGCGGAGCGGGGUCCCUGCCCCCAGGAGCCCCCGGCCGCAUCCCUGCCCCUGCACUUGCCCGGCCUCUCUGCCGCGGCCCCGGGCGGGCGCCGCACAUCCUUUGAGAGGAAGCCACUCUUCCCGCGGCGCUGGGGCUGGAUGGCUCACGAGAGUUUCUGGCUGUGGGUUUAAAACCCACGCAGGAGUCGCCCGACAGGUGUUGUGAGUCUGCGGUGCCGGUGCCGGACAGGCUCCUGGCGGGCGUCGCCCAUCCCCGAGGUCCUCACGCACGUGGCGGCUGGGGUGGGACCCGGCCUGGCCUUGGUGCUGGCAUCCCGGUGGCUUUUCUGAGAUUUUGAGGCGCUCGGGUGCCGGGGUGGGGGUGGCGCUGCCGAGGGGUGCCUUGGCUGGCUGCCUGGGCCGGGGGGGCAGGUCCGUCUGGGCCUGGGCCCCCUGCAGCCCCUCACCCCAGCUCUGCCUGAGGUGGGACGGCGUACGAGGCCCCGCUCGGAGCGUUGUUUCCGAGUCAGUGCUGUUGCGACCUUGCAGGUGCGAAGCUCUUCCCAGGUCUGUUUUCCGGAACUCUGCUGCCCUGUUUCUCGCCGCUCAUGUUUAAAGCAGCCUUGGGCAUACGGGGCUCACGAAGGGAGCGCCCCACCCAGGCCGCACCCUGCCCCCGGCACCAGGUCGAAGGGCAGCAGGCUGAGCUGUGCCCAUCCAGGCCUGGCCUGGGCUGGGGCCAGGGUCCGGGCGCCCCAGAGCUCUGACCCACCUAAGGAGUGCUGUGACGAGCGUCUCCUGCCUGGGGAGGGCCCUAGGACAGGUGCACCCCAGGGUGCUGGGUGCUCUAGAGAGGCAUAGAGCCGCAACAUUGCCCCCUGCCCUGGGAGUUCUGGGAGCUGGGUGGGACCCUGGGCUCUUGAUUGCGUCCCCAGAAGCAGAAGUGAGGACCCUCGGUGGAGUCGGGAGGGUCCCGUGUGUGGUCUGCAGCUGCCCUGGGCAGGGCGGGAGGCGUGUGGGUCCCCCAUGUGUGCACACCUCGCUCCCCGUGCUCCUGGUGUCACCCUUGGAACAGUUCCCAAGGCAAGAGCAGGUCUGGGGCCCUCGCCCUGCACCCGGCAGGGUCCCGUGCACUUGUCUGGGGGUCCUGGGGCCCAGGGCGAGGGUCCCGUGCACUUGUCCGGGGGCCCUGGGGCCCAGGGCGAGGGUCCCGUGCACUUGUCCGGGGGCCCUGGGGCCCAGGGCGAGGGUCCCGUGCACUUGUCCGGGGGCCCUGGGGCCCAGGGCGAGGGUCCCGUGCACUUGUCCGGGGGCCCUGGGGCCCAGGGCGAGGGUCCCGUGCACUUGUCCGGGGGCCCUGGGGCCCAGGGCGAGGGUCCCGUGCACUUGUCCGGGGGGCCCGGGGCCCAGGGCGAGGCGGGCCCAGUGAGCUCAGAGUUGGUGCAUGGCCCCUGUGCCAGGCUUGGGUUUCUAGGGUCGCCUCCUGUUGCCGGAUGUGCCCGACCUUGACCUCCUGGGGGGGUCCCCUGGGGGGGCGGAGCCCCAUCCUCUGCACCCUGGCUGCUGCUGGGAAGUUUCCUGGAAGGAGCCGGCUUAGCUUGGUGCCCGCUGGACGCCCCUCUCGGGCCCUCCCUCCUCUCGGUGGGCGGUGUGGGGCGCGGUGAGCGGCGCGGGUCGGUCCGUGUGGGGUGGGAGGGGCCUGGCUGUGGGAAUGUGAGCCGGCUCUGUAAACAGCGGGUGACUCACCGCAUAGCUAUGUCACUGGCGGGGAGAUACACGGCCCCUCCUCCCUUUCCCGGCCGGACUGGAAAAGUUUCCAGGGCUCACCAGGCUCCUCAGGUGCCACACGCGUGGUGGCCUCUGCAGUGCCCUGGGUGGGGGUGGGGGCUCCCUGCUGCGUGCCGGGGGUCAGGUCUCGGGGUGCCGUCAGCACCGCCUGCCUCGGGCUCCCGCGUGGCCAGGUGAGGGUGCUCGGGCCCCGCAGGUGCACCUCGGCGCCCGUGGGAGUGGCUGGGUCCUGUGUCAGCGUGGGGACUGCGGAGACCAGCAGGGGCCUCCCUCAGGGCGGGGCCCAGAGCUCAGCUGUCCUGCUGGGGGCCCCGGGGUCUCUGUCCUGCACCUGAGGCCCCCCCCCGCCUGCCUUCUGGACUCUCCUCUGGCAUCCAGCUCGGGAGGGCCGUGGGCCCGCCCUGUCCGGUCUCCGGGGUGAGCUGGCUUGUUUACUGUCUGAUGUCUUCCUGAGCCUGACCCAAGUCAGGAUUGCUUUUGGGCUUCUCCGUUUCCAUGACGACUGUGGGGGCUGGCUCGGUCCCAAGGUCGCCAUGGCAACUGUCGGAGGGGACUCCUGCUUGGGAUGCUCCGGCUGGUUGGCGGUGAAUGAUUAGAAUGUGUGACACAGCCCGGAGCAGGGGCAGGCGGGCGGCGCGUCCGGGCCGCAGCCGCUGAACCUGCCGCUGGCUGGGACCCCCGCCCCCUGUGGCCGCACAUGGGACAGCCUGGGUGCAGGUGGUGAUGUCACAGCUGCAGUGCCCUUCUCCACGCUACGGUUUCCCGGCAGCUCCGUCCUGGUGACCGUGCCCAGGUUAUGACGACUAAUCCCAAGCCAAACAAGGCACUGAAGGUCAAGAGGGAGGCGGGCGAGAAUGCCCCAGUGCUCAGCGACGACGAGCUGGUGACCAUGUCCGUGCGGGAGCUGAACCAGCACCUGCGGGGCCUCACCAAGGAGGAGGUGACGCGCCUGAAGCAGCGCCGGCGCACGCUCAAGAACCGCGGCUACGCCGCCAGCUGCCGCAUCAAGCGCGUGACGCAGAAGGAGGAGCUGGAGCGGCAGCGCGUGGAGCUGCAGCAGGAGGUGGAGAAGCUGGCGCGCGAGAACAGCAGCAUGCGGCGGGAGCUCGACGCCCUGCGCGCCAAGUACGAGGCGCUGCAGAGCUUCGCGCACACCGUGGCCCGCGGGCCCGUGGCGCCCACCAAGGUGGCCACCACCAGCGUCAUCACCAUCGUCAAGUCGGCCGAGCUCGCCGCCUCCGUGCCCUUCUCGGCCGCGUCCUAGUGCCCGUGGGGCGCCCCGCCUGGACGCGGACGGACGCCCGGGGCUGCAGGCGCGGGCCGGGCCCAGGAGUAGGCUCUUGUGAGCCGCGCGCCGCACGCCACCCCACACGCGCACACGCGUGCACACACGCCCUCACACGCCCGUCCCUUCUCCCCAGCUGCGUCUCGUGCCUGUGAGAGUCAGGAUGGACGGGGGAGGGUCCUCAGAGGGCCCCACCGUCCCCCGCAGGGGCUGCCACGAGGGGCGGUAGGGGGCCUGUCUUCCGUGCCUCCGACGAGCGGCCCGUCCACGCCUGUCCUGCCGCAUCCACCCCUCCCAGCCCCGAUGGCUUGGGCCCUCCAGGGGCAGGUGGGGGCAGCUGUGGCCCUAGCAUGCCCCGUGGAGGAGAUACGGGAGGGCUGUCUGAGCAGCUGGCGUGUGCACGUGGGGCCGAGCACACGUGUGUGCGCACACACGUGUGUGGGCGUGCCGUCCCAGGGGUUCUUGAAGGAGCAGCUUGUUGGGCGGAGAGUGGGUCCCAGGCCCGGUCCCCACCAGCUGUGCUGCGCAGGGCAGGUCAUGCAGGUGCCUUGGGGGCUGGAGGGGGUGGGGCAGGGAGAGGAGGCAGGAGCAGCGAGGCCAGAGCCUGGAGUGGGCCCAGGACACAGCACGGCGUGGCCUGGUGGCCCAGGUGCCGUGGCAGGGGGUGGUGGGCACUGGGCAGGAGAGCCAUGUGGACACGCGCCCCCCCACUGGUCCGCUGUCAGGAGGGGGCACAGCCCUGGUGCUUCAUUAUGGCUUGGAGCCUUAACCGGAGCCACCGGUGGUCCUGGCGAGCCUUCCCGGCUUCCUCUCCAUGGACGCCCUGGGGCCCCAUUCAGGCGAGAGGGCGGCAUGAGAGCCCCGAGCUCUGACACCCAGAGGCCACCACACAGGACAGGCAGGGGCAGCCCCCGGGGCCCCAGCUUCCGCCUCCCGGUGAGGUCCCCGGGCCAGGGCCCAGGUGGGCAGGAGGGCAGAGGUGAGCCCAGGGGCUGCGCCGCAGCUCCGAGCCCGCCGUGGGAAGCAGUCCGCGUGCGGCGCCCCCUGCCGCGCCCAGGGCCCCAGAUGGCCGGGCCAGGUGUUUCUAAAAACAGCUGUUGAUACCAUAGCCAUGGUAGGUAAUCCAUAUUGGAUAUCAGUAAGGACCAUGGGAGAUAUUUAAAGAGAAAGAAGAGAUAUAUAUCUAUAAAGUUAUGCACAUUUUAUCGCAGAUUCUGUAAUGACUUCUUCCCGUUGUAUACUGCAAACCUUCACUGGAGCAGCGCUGCGAUGCACGCGGGGGCUGGGGUCCCGCCUGGCCCCGGCCCCCCCGGCGUCCCUCGGGCACACUGGGGCGGGGCGGGCCCCUUCUGGCUGCCUGGCAGAGCGUUGCGGCCUCACCGACACGAGUUCAUACAUGGGUUUUUUAUUUAAGCAAAAGGACAAGGACCUCUGUCGGGGGUUCGUUUUCUGUCUCCCUCGGACAGGGCGCCCCGCCCGCGCCAGCUUGCCCAGCUGCGUCUUCCCGGCAGGCUCAUUUCAAUAUUUAUUUUUGUGCCGUCACCGCCACGACCACCGAGACGCGGCCACGUGCGGAGGGCCCGCACCACCCCUCGCGGCCCCCUAAUUUAUUACUGGACGUCUCCCCGCUUCACCCCGCGACAAUAAAAGUCCUGGUUCAGAGCC